GGACGCCGCUCCGGGGCGGGUAGGCCCCCACGAUGGAGCGGCGGGAGCUUCCAGCCUGCACAGCAGCGGGGCAGGAGGAGCAGGAGCUGCGGGAGCGGGCCUUCUUCUCGUGGGCAGAGUUCAGCCGCUUCUUCGAUGCGUGGUGCCAGCAGCGGCUGGCGCUGUUCUUCGUCAAGAGCUCCAUGCACCUGGCACGCUGCCGCUGGGCCAGCGCACCCCCACUCUACACGCUCAUCGACGUGCUCAAGUACAGCUACGUGCGGCUCGUGUGCAAGGAUGUGCGCGCGCCCAGUCGGCCCACUGUGGGGCCCCCCCAGCCCGGCUGCCCGGCCUUUAUCAUCGUCAAGCUGAGCCCACUGCGGGACCGCCUGGUGGUGACAGAGUGCCAGCUGACCCACUCGCACCCGGCCUGCCCGCUGGAGUUCGCUUACUACUUCCGCCCGGGCCACCUGCUGGCCAACGCCUGCCUGCCGGUGCGCACCACCAACAAGAUCUCCAAGCAGUUCGUGGCCCCGGCCGACGUGCGACGCCUGCUCUCCUACUGCAAGGGCCGCGACCACGGAGUCCUGGACGCCCUGCACGUGCUGGAGGGGCUCUUCCGCACCGACCCCGAGGCCAAGGUGAAGCUGGUGUUCGUGGAAGACCAGGCGGUGGUGGAGACCGUGUUCUUCCUGACGUCGCGCACCAGAGCGCUGCUGAGGCGCUUCCCGCGCAUGCUCCUGGUGGACCGGCUGCCGGGGCUGCAGGGCGCGCUGGACCUGCUGGCGGUGCUGUGCGUGGACGGCGCGGGCCGCGCACGCCAGGCCGCCUGCUGCGUGGCGCGCCCAGGCACGCCGAGCUUGCUGCGCUUCGCGCUCGCCUCGCUGCUGCAGAGCGCGCCCGACGUCAAGGGCCGCGUGCGCUGCCUCACGGCCGGGCCUGAGGUGGCGGCGCAGCUGCCCGCCAUGCGCCAGCUGCUGCCGUGCGCGCGCGUGCAGAUCUGCCGAGCGCAGGGCCUCGAGACGCUCUUCAGCAAGGCGCAGGAGCUGGGCGGCGCGGGCCGCGAGGACCCGGGUCUGUGGCCGCGCCUGUGUCGCCUGGCCGGCGCGUCGUCGCCUUCCGCCUACGACGAGGCGCUGGCUGAGCUGCACGCCCAUGGCCCAGCCGCCUUCGUCGACUACUUUGAGCGCAACUGGGAGCCCCGCCGCGACAUGUGGGUGCGCUUCCGCGCCUUCGAGGCAGCCCGAGACCUGGACGCCAGCGCCCUGGUGCGCAGCCACCGCCGGCGACUUCUGCGCCGCCUCAGCCCCUCGCGCAGCGUGGCUCAAUGCCUUCGCGACCUGGUGGCCAUGCAGUGGGCUGACGCGGCCGGGGAGGCGGCACCCGAGGGCCCAGAUGGAGGCGGGGCGUGGCUGGAGGGCGAGCUGGGAAGGGGGGGCCAGGUGGAAAACCAGAGGGUGAGGGGCCUGGACACCGGAGACUGGGGGGGAGCGCCGAAAGAAGGAAGUAUUUGGAGAGGGGCACAGAUAGAGAAAGAGUGGGCACGAGAACUGGAGACGAGAGACAGAGACGAGACUAAGUUAGAAAAUGAGAAGGCCAGGGGGUUGCAGAUCCGAGAUUGGAGAGGGGCCCCGUUGGAGAACCAGAAGGUGAGGGGGCUGGAAGGGAGUGUCUGGAGAGGGUCCCAGUUGGAGAAAGGGCACUUGAGAGGGCCAGAGAUCAGAGACUGGAGGGGGCCCCAGUUAGAGGAUGAGAAAGAUUGGGGACUGGAAGGUUAUGUCUGGAGGGGGGCACAGUUGGAGGAGCAGGGGCUACGAGGACUGGAAGGAUAUACCUGGAGGGUGGCUCCGUUGGAGGAUCGAAGGAGGAGGGUGUUGGAGACGGCAGAUGGGAGGGGGCCCCAGUCUGAGUGUGAGAGGGCCAGGAGUAUUGAAGGAAGCCCCUGGAGAGGGGCCCAGCUGCGUGAUGAAAGGGGAAGCGGACUGAGAACCAGAGAGUGGAAGGGGCCCCAGUUGGAAGCCGAGAAAGGGAAGGGGCUGGAUUUCAGAAACUGGAGGGGGAUCCAUUUGGAGAAGCCCCUGGAAUUGGUCUCUGAGAACGGAGACCAAAGGGACCCCCAGUGGGGAGAUGAGAAGAGGAGAGGGCCAGAGAUCGCAGAGGACAGGGGAGUGAUGUUGGGGGUCAAAAGAAGAAGGGGGCUGGAGGACAUAGUUCUGGUCCAGCUGGGGGACACAAGGGUUGCAGACAUGGAGAAUGGAGAUGGAGGAGGAGCCCGGUCUGUGGGCCCGAAGAGCAGAGCAGGACACGGGAUAGAGUGGGGAGACACAGGAGGGAGGUGUCCAGAGCUGGAGAACGGAGUCGUGUGUGGCACCCGGGUGGGGACUGUAUUUGAAGUCCAUCCAGAAUGGGCAGAAAUGAGGAGCGAGUCCCUGGCUGCGGAGGAGAACCUGCAGGAAGGAGGUGAAGGAGAAGGUCCAAGGGAAGCAAAGAGGCUUUGUCGCCCCUCAGGAGAGGAGGAGGUAGAUUGGGAGCCCCUGGCCAAAUUCCGAGCAGCCUGUGGGCCAGAGCUGGCAGACCUGGUGGCCGAGGAGCUAGCCUUUGCCAGGCAGCAUGGGACUCGGGGUUUCCACUGGACCGGAGCUGGCUUUGCCCUUAAGGACGGCACCUCGGACUUCUUCCUGGAUGGGGCCCUGACACGCUGCAGCUGCUCGAUCCACGCUGCCCGUCGUCUGCCCUGCCGACACCUCUUUGCAGCGCGCCUCCUCACUGGGGCAGCCUUAUUCCACAUGGACCUGCUCAGGGAUUGCUGGGGCAGAGCCCCAGAGCCCUGACCCUUAGGGCCCCUGCCCACCACCCUCCACUGUGAGGGCGGGAGGGCAUUCUUCUAUCCCAAAGAUAAUAGGGCUGAGGCCCAGGAGAC